AUGACCCGCCUAUCGCUCCUUUCCUCACUCCUUCUCCUUGCUUUGGGUGUCGCGUCAUCAACCGAUCUCCAUGUCAACAACCACCUCAAGCAUGAUCAGGCUUGCGCACAGGCAUUGAAGAGUCGUGUGUUCAGGGAAGGCGGUGUUCCCGACACUGGUAUAAACGAGCCGAUCGCGAAUCAGGUUGUCACUUACGUUGGAUCGGUUGGUGUUGGCACUCUGCCUACAAACCAUGACCUUCUCGUUGACAGAGGAAGUUCCAACACCUGGAUCGGCUCUGGAGGAGCCGCUAACCACGCGUCGCCCACCACCCAAAUGUGGGACCCAACCCUGUUCCCUCCUAUACAUAGGGAGACCUCAUUGAUUGACUCAGUCAAACACACCGACCCCCAUCCUGUAUCGUUGCCAGCAUCUGCGCCAAGCAAUGGCUCUCGCACACCCACCAAUGUGCAUUUGAAGGAGCAGGGCAUGGCCAAAGUGGCUGGGGGGAAGGAUGUGGUAGACAACGAACGAGAUUUUAAAUGCCUUACGAACGCGCUACCCUCAGUCUUGUUGUCUCCUCCAUGUCCAGGUCGUACAGCGCUCACUCCUUUGGAUCUCUAUAUCUGGACUGAGAACGCGUUCAUGCUUAUCGACCAGGUGGAGAAGAUGGGUUGUGGGAUCAAUGAGUUUUACCUCUCUAGAAGAUCAGGUAUACGCCCACCUGCUUACAUGCAGUCAGGCAAGGAGGCAACUCCUUGGUUUGGAUGGUUGAGCAAAGAUGGUUCACUGGUGACAACCAAAGACAGAGACAAAGGUCUUCUCCACUCCAUCCCCAGCUUGGUGGUCGCGCUCGAGGACAACUGCUUCGAGAGCAAAUUCGAGAAAUCAAGUCUGGGUCCCUUGAUUGGACAAGAUCUGACGCACCAACUCAUCUCAUUCCGCAGAUCGAACCCCUGCUGUUCCUGCAAUGGAAAAAUGCUGGAUACGAAGUCCGGACAAAUUUUUGAAAUUUGGUUUACGCCAGAUAAAAUCCAGACAGACUUCGCCAAAAUUGGUAUGGACAAGAAUCUGAAAAUCAUUGAUUUUAGUAUCUAUCAUUUGGCAGUUCCAACUUCCGGCUACCUCAAAGGUUUGAAUUUUCUACACAAGAGUUUAAGUUCUUAUUUACUCAUGCCUACUCGCAAGUUGACCGCAGGUGACUUGCAAACAUCUAUUUUGUGUGUCGCAGAUGUAUCUCAAGUGUACCGCAAGCUGAACACAAGUGUAUCGCCGGUGGAAUGCUUGGGAUGGCAAGAAGAGAGUGGGUCUGAACGAGAGAAAAGAAAUGGGGUCGAGCGUGACGAGUACAUGCAACUGCAGGGUAGCUAG